AAUUGGCAAGAGGACCUGUAUAAAGAGUCGAAACAGCAAGGUUUGUCAACGUCCAGGCAAAGUGGGCUUCGUCAGCUGUUUAAUUUAUUUAGUCAACAUUAGCGUCGUGAGUCUGGCUCGGCAUUUGCAACGGUUCAGAAGAAUAUGGUUGUAAAUCUCUGUCUGCCACAGUUUUACACGACAGUCCAUUGCAACAAGCUGUGUGCAGAUGGCUAUGAUGUCACAAAUCUUGUGUCAGCUGACCCCGCUGUCCGGAGGCGUGGCUUCAAGCUGGAGUACUUUCUGCGUCCACCUGUACAGGUGACGUUGAAGUUUGGCUUCCAGGUGGAGCUCUGCAGGGUGGAUGUGGAGCUGUGGCCCUGGGGUAUGGACCGCGGACAGGCCUGCAAGAGGCUGGAGAUCAGCACCAGCUCUGAUUCACUUGCUUCGCAGAAUUUUAGUCAAGGCCACAAGCAGGUUGAUCAAAAGGAACAAGUGCAGAUAAAGGACCAGAGUGAACAGAACAAAAAUAAACGAGAAUAUGACAGUAAAUCUUGCCAAAGUAAUGGCCACCAGUGGAGUCUUCAGGCCCAACAAUGGGGUGCAGAGACUCUAGAUGGGCGUCAACAUAAAGGGCAUACAUACAAGAGGCAGAUGGCCAAAGAGCACACUCAAACAAAUGCUGAAUCCAGCCAACCUGAGGCAGAGUUUAGACUGGUAGGUCGUUGUGAACUUAAAGAAGAAACCCAAGUCUGUUUUUCGCGUUCGAAUUUUAGUCCCCGGCCUCCAUUCCUCUCUCCACCCCCUCCACAACCUGCAAACUGUCGGCAAGAGGAGCUCUGGAGCCGGGGUCUGCUCUCGUUGGGCGCUGUGACGCAACUUCGUGUGACUGUGCCAUUUGGCGGUGCAGCAUCGGCUUUGGGGCUCAAGGCUUUGACCGUGUGGGGACAGCCUGCUCGCUGCUGCCCUGCAGAAGACGUGGAGAGGAUUAAAAGUGUCCAUGAGGCCAGUGUAAGACAGCUGCCACGAACUGUAUUUUUUGCCCCCUCUGUCAGACAAAGAAACCAACCACUGCAAGCAGCCACACCUCCAAGCAAUCUUUCCAUCCCAGAAGAGUUCCUUGACCCAAUAACCCAGGAAGUAAUGACGCUGCCUAUGCUGCUGCCCGGUGGUGUGUCAGUGGACAACACCACUCUGGAGGAGUACCAGAAGAGGGAGGCCACUUGGGGUCGUGCCCCGAACGACCCCUUCACUGGGGUCCCGUUCACUUCAAACUGCCAGCCUCUUCCUAACCCCCAACUGAAAACCCGCAUCGAUCACUUCCUCCUGCAGAGAGGGGAGGUGAGGAGGGACGGGAUGUUGGGGAGACAAGGAGAGGGAGAGAAUCCACAAGCCUCAAGACUUAUACCCUCCAAGGUAGACGGACAGUCCCAGAACUCUACGUGUCUCAGCAAAAGCUCAAUAACCAAUACUUCUAUUCAAUAUAAUGCUGGAACUAGAAACACAAAAAAAACUGCACAGAUAGAAGACACUGGAUUAGGACAUUCAUCAGAUAAUGGGAAUCAUACAACUAACUCCCAGCCUCUUACUACAGAUGGUGAAUCAGAGUUAGAUAGAAGGAAGAAACGAGGUCUAAGUGGAAUUUCUAAAGAGUCAACAGAAGAGUUGACAACUGAGAAGCAACUACUACCUCAAACAAAAAGACCAAGAAAUGCUGCGGUUUCAGCCCCCAGCUGCAGCUCCCAUGAGGAGCGUUUGUCGGCAAGCCUGGAUGAAGCCCUUUUCUCUGCCCUGCAAGGCAGACCAUCCUUCACCUCAAACUUGUCUCAGCAGAGACGGGUUACUCCUGACUCUGAGCCAGCGAAAACCACACAGCAGUGCCAGAGUUCAGGCUCUCCGAGUGUCUGUACAGGUGAGAAGACAUGCUCUGCGUGUUCCUGUUCAGUCUCUGCUUACUCCACGUCUGUAUCAUCCAUCUAUCGUCUAACCUGUAGUCACUUGCUCUGCCAUGCCUGCCUGCGGAGGCAAUCAAAUCGGCUAAACUUAGUCACUGCAGUAACAUCCAGUCACAUCUUGUGUCCCGCCUGCCAAAGCCCUACCCCACGCAGUGACAUCAUACGUGUGCAUCACUGACAGAUGGAGUAAAAAGACAAAGUUACGAACUUCAAAAGUCUGCCAGGAAAUGAGGAGGAUUGUUGUCAAGGUGAAAACAGGGUUGUACUCCAGAUGUGGCGUUGUGACCGUGUUGAACUCAAAAUGAAGAAAAUAUAGAAUAUUUUGUAUUAAUUCUUAUCCAUGUGCGUUACCAAACACUGAGGACUUCAAGUCUAGCACUGUGUUAUAUUCCUUAGACUUGCCUUGGACCUGUGGCGUAACAAAAUCAGAUUAUACAGACCAAACAGGUUUUUAAUGUCCACAGCUGAAGAAAGGACAUCAGUGAAAGGAAAGACCUUUUGUAAAAUCUUGCAUUUGAGAAUGUGAAAAAUAUAUAUAUAAAUAUAUAAAAGUCUUGUCCUCAUCUCUUCCACCCCCUCUUCCCAUCUUAGCCUUUUCAUUCAGCAUUGAAGUCUAGUUGCAGCCUUGGUUCAGCAGCCUUUGUGGAGACCCUGGAUGUGUUGAGGAUGCACAAAGAAAAAGGUUGAGGGACAGAAGUACUGAGAGCAACAGGCCAGAAGAAUUAAUCUCCAAUCGAGUCCAUCCAAGGUUGUGUGGUCAUUGUGCAGAAACAGACGGGGUCUUGCUUAGCUCAGCUGACGUCCUGAUGCCAUGUCCUUAUCUCAGACCCCUCCCUUCUAUCUUUCUUCACUUUAUUCACCACUUUACACUCUUUACACUCCCUACACUCUUGCUUAGGUUUAGAGGGUAAAAACAGGCAGAAAAUGUAAUGAUGAGGAAUUAUUGGAUCUGACUAUGUACAAAUUUUUUAUUAUGUUUUUGGUGUGUUAAUAUUAAACUGUAUCUGCUUCCAUGAAUUCCCACAGUGGCAAAUGUUCAUCAGGUAGCAUUAAAAGGUGUAGUGUUAGGAAAGAAAAUGACAAUGUUUCCUGGCUGAGACUACAUGUCCUCCUGAGUGUCCUUGCCCACAUAUUUGCUUUCUGCC